AAGGCCGAAACGACCAGAAAUCUCCUUGAUCACUCGUUUUGAGUGAUCAAGGAGUGGCGGGGGCGAGGACCAGACUAGUAGUCGUUGGUGAUUUUUCACAAUUAAAAUCAGUCUAGCGUAGCUUAGCAAUAUAGAAUUCAAUGUGAUGGCUUUUGAAUUACAAAUGGAACGUUUUAUUAGUUUUUACAACAAACAUCCGAAACUGUCGAAACUAAAUUCAUAAACCGGAAGUGAAACUUGUCAACAUGGAGGACCAUGUCAUUGAACAACUAGCAAGCGAUGAAGAGUUCAGGAAGUUUUUAGACGAAUCUUUCGAUGUCAAAGCUCAUGCAAAUCAAGCUAUUCAAGGGAAAGCAAUAUCGGAACAGCUGUCAAAGCUAGCAGAGGGCAUAUCUCUACUAGACAAAGAAAUUCAUUCCCAAAUUGUUGCACAUCAUGAGGAUUUGUUAUCGCAAGCUACUGGUGUGGAGACGCUGGAAGGAGUGCUUCAGAUGAUGCAAUCUAGGAUACAGUCACUUCUAGCAGGAAUGGAUCGAAUCCGCUCUAAAGUGUCUGAACCUUUCAAUAAGAUCUCAUCAAGAACAACACAGUUAAGAAACCUGCAAGAUACUUGUGACCUUCUUCGAAGAAUCAUAAGAAUUAUGUAUCUCAGUAAGAGAUUAAAUAGCCAGCUUCAGGGAGGAGCAAGGGAAAUAACCAAAGCUGCUCAAAGUCUCAAUGAAUUGGACUAUAUUUGUGAGGGUGUGGACCUAAGUGGUAUAGAGAUUAUAGAACAAGAUCGACGCUUUAUCAAACAGGCCAGGAAAGAUGUGGAGUCACAAGCACACAAGAUGUUGGAGCAAGGAAUGGAAACACAGAACCCCACACAAGUAGCCACCUCACUUCAAGUCUUUCACAACCUGGGCAGUUUACACCACAUUGUGGAGCGCGUCAUACAGGAGUGUAAGGGGAAUCUCAACAAGAAUAUGCGGAACUGUCUAGACACCCAGAGUUUGGCACAACAGCAUGUGCCGCGCGGCAGAGGGGGACCAGGUCGAGCGGCCAUGCCUGUAACAGGAAACACUGCAGCCUUUCGAGCCUCACUCUGGACAAACAUGGAAAAACUAAUGGACAAUAUUUAUGCUUCCUGUGCUCAGGUUCAGCAUUUACAGAAAGUUUUAGUGAAGAAAAGGGACCCAGUAACACAUGUCUGUUUUAUUGAAGAAUUGGCAAAGCACAGGGAGGGCCGUGUGAAUAUUAUGCAAGAUUUCUGGGAAAGCAUCACUCACAUGCUGACGGACGAAUUCAACAAUGCAUCAGAAGCCUCUACCCAUCUGAAGCAGGCCUUUGAGGGAGAAUAUCCAAAGUUGUUACGCCUGUAUAACGAUCUCUGGAAGCGACUACAGCAGUUCAGUAUCACCACGGCAACGUCAGUGUCACAAUCGGAGCCCUCGGGUGAGGAAGAAACGAAUAUGGAAGAUGACAUUUUCAUUCCAGGAAGUAAACAGAGUCAGUACGACUCAGAGAAAGCGCUGAGGAACACACUUACAAAGUUUGAGAACGCCUAUCUGUCUAAGUCUCUGUCACGGCUGUUUGACCCCAUUAACCUGGCCUUCAGCACGGUGAAUCCGCCGACUACACAGGAAGUGGAAACCAUCGUUAAAACUAUAUCCAGUGAACUGAACGUAGCCAGUGUUGAUGCCAAGCUCUGUAUUACUGUGGCUAAAAAUGUCGCCAAGACGAUUCAACUGUUUGCAGUGAAAAGCGAACAGCUGCUGAUAACAGACGGAGAGGCCAGCCAGGUCAUUGGCCCGUCCACUCAGGGACAGCUGAGAAAUGUGACCAUGGUCAAUAUACUGUAUCUACUUCAUCAGUCCAUCACCAAGUUAGUGGAAGGAUUGCAGAAUUUCCCCCCAGAUGCAAUAGAAUGCAUUCAGAAAUCCCUGGAGGGUAAACCUCCUCCGGGGGUGGUCAUCUUGAUGAGCAGUGCUAUUUCUCCUCUGAUGUCCUCAGUCCUUGAUGCAGUAGAGGCCAUCAUUCUGACCAUGCACCAAGAAGAUUUCUCAAGCUCGUCUGUACCAGACCCCAACAAGGAGUCCCAGUGCUCACUGUACAUGAGGGAGCUACAGGAAUUCGUGUCCAGGUGCCAGAGUGACUACCUGUCUAGAUACGAUUGUCAGGACUUUAUAUACGACAGCAUAAAUCCGAUCGCUUGUCGAUGUAUUGCACUGUUUGUCAGACAUGCCAGUCUGAUACGGCCCCUCGGGGAGGGCGGAAAGAUGAGGCUGGCAGCAGACUUUGCCCAGAUGGAGUUAGCCAUUUCUCCUUUCUGUAGGAAAGUGUCUGAUCUUGGAAAUCACUACAAACUUCUCAGGGCAUUUAAACCUAUGUUGUUCCAGCAGGCUGAACACAUCAGCAAGAGUCAAGCCAUUGGUGACAUCAUUCCGUACAGUACCAUUCUCCAUUUCUUGUUCGGCCGGGCUCCGCUGGAUAUGAAAUCUCCACAUCAGUCGGCUGAUUGGUCAAUCAGCAGGUACUCACAGUGGUUAGAAGACCAUCCGUCCGAGAAAGACAGACUCACUCUUAUCAAGGGUGCUUUGGAAGGAUACGUGAAUCAAAUGAAAUCCAGGCAGGCAAAAGAGUUUGCCAAGAUCUACCCAAUCAUGUUAGACUUAUUACAGAAAGGACUGCAGACGUGUUCAUGACAUUAGUUUAUUUUAUCACAUUUCACCGCGAUAUUUAUUUUGUUAUAUAAAUGUACAUAAGUCAUAAUAAAUAAUGAAUUGUU